UGGUGCUCUCGACUGGGACGCUGAACCUCAAGUUCAUGCAGCGCGCUGCUGCGCGCGCCGCAAAGGCCGAGCCGUUGGCGCCCGCGACAUCCGGCUCCGUGUCUGCGCCCGCCGCAUCAGCGCCAUCCACCCCCGCGUCGCCCGCCCCUGCCUCCAUAACACCCUCCCAGGCCGCCACCCCGAUCCCCGCGAUGAGCACACCUAUUCCAGCGGCGCCAGCAGACGACGAGGCCGGAGCGAAGUGGGUCCUCCCACGGCGCAAUGCGGAGGCGGGCCCAGGGCCUUCCACCCGCCCGCGCGUGCAGUUCGUCGCAUCAUACCUUCCCUUCCUCGAGGAUGAGGAUGAUGGGCCUACUGGGAUGGCAUCAGGGCGUAUGGCCUUCGGAAUGGGAGCCAAGCUGGAGGAGGCGCGUGAUGGAGAUGAUAACGAUGAGGACGAGUUCAUAAGUGACAGUGAGGACGACGUUGCCGUUCGGAGAGACAAGAAGGCGCGUGCUCCAGUGGGUUCUGUCACUGGCAUGACUGACGCCAGGCUGGACGAUUCUUCGCUGGUGGUGAGCUGCAGCGGGCCAAGUCGCGCACAAACGAGCCCAAACCUGAAGAGACGGAACCUUUGCAACGGACACAAUCGCGAGCCAAUGCACCGACACCCCCGCCGGAGGAGCGCAUAUUUCAGCGUCCCAAAGGCUUCUCGCCGCCGCCUACAGGAAAGGGGAAGGGCAAAGGCAAGGCCAAGGACAAAGCCGAGCAGCGCGAGCAGAAGCCGGUGGACAAGCCCAAGCCUGGCAAGACCAACAAGGAAGGCAAGGAGAAGUUCAACAAGAAGAAGGGCGCGCUGUCAGACAACCUCUACGCCAAGCUCAAGGAUAAACUCAGCAUCAGCAGAGAAACCAGUGUGUCGUCCGCCAGCAGUGCGCCAAGUGCUGGCGGAAAGAAGCGCGCUCGAGAUGAGGCGGCCGCUCAAGAGAGCAAGCGGCCGAAAGUGUCAGCGCUGGAUGAGCGGGAGAAGGAGCGGAAGAAGGCCAAGAAGGCUGCAAAGCGUGGGCAGUCGAGCAAGUAGUGCCAGUACCAGGUCAUGAGAUAUCUCCACCCUAUUUGUACAUGUACAGCAUCUUCGCGGUUAAUGCACAUAUCCAGACAGUCCAGGACAUGUGACAAAUCACAACUGGUAGACUCCACCAUUUUAGUCCAUUUUGGUUCACGUCAGCUCUGCAGUAAGCCGUAGAAUCCUCCAACAAUCCUGUCCUCGCACGCCCUCGUUUAGUCUCCCUCCUGACAUCUUCUGACUCAGCACGGUCGGCGGCAUCUGCAGACCCUAAUACAUUAUCGCGUACCAGAGCCC